CGACCGGCGAAACCACAGAAGGUUUGCCCUUGGACGACGACGAGAGGAUGAGUGCGACCCGCGGUAGCUUCAUGUCGAGCUUCGACUUGACGCGCGAGGAAGAGGCCGAGCUCCACGAACAUGCGCGGUCGAAAGCGCCCGAGCUCAUUGCGCUCGCGUUGGACGAGACGAGCUACGAGUGGACAAAGACCAAGUACGGCGUGAGCGUGACCGAAGCCACCCACGGGUCGCAGCACCUCGUGCGCAGCUCGGCGGUCGUGCACGCGUCCGUCGCGACGCUCCUCGCGCUUCUGGAAAGCUCCGUCAUGCACGCGUACCGCAACACGCUGCGGACCAUGUACCAGCAGACGUUUGCCGACGCGUCGGUGCUGUACCACAACCAGCUCAACGCGACCGAGUCGGUGGGCGUCCAGUGGCUGGCCUUCCGGUGCGGCAACCCGCUUUUGCUGGAUGUGGACCUGUGCCUUGUUGAGUACAUGCAGCACAGCGCGUCGUCGGCAUCGCCGCUCGACAACCAGCGAGAAGGCCAUGGCCUCGGCCCCGAGCACUGCCUCGGGUACAAGCUUCUCGAGUCGAUUCAAACCAAGCACUGCCCGUCGCUCCUGGAGACGCACCGGCUCGAGCGCAUCGUGCUACCCCUCGGCGGGUUCGUCUUCUUCCCGACCGCGCACGCCGACCAGACGCGCGUUGUCUUUACCGCGGGGCUCUUUCAGCCGCCGGCGACGUUGCGCCGGACCGCGAACCGUCGGCUGCUGCUCUUGCUGGCCGCCGCGCUCCCGCGUCUCCAGCACGCAGUGAACGCGACGCGGCUCGGCGCAGCGUUGGCGUCGCGCGUGCCAUGGGUGCCGGACGCCGCCGAGACGACGUGCAAAAUCUGCGCGCGCUUCUUCUCGCACGUGCGCCGCAAGCACCACUGCCGUGCGUGCGGCCACCUCAUCUGCAAGCAGUGCUCUGUGUUUCAAGACCUCGCGCUGCCGUCGACGGGGCUCACGACGAUUCGCGUCUGUGCACCGUGCGCCGCGCCACCGCCAGCACUAUCAGCGCCGCGUCCGAGGGCCAAGACGACGCCGCCCCAGCUCGUGCUGGAGCUAGAGACACCCAAGAAAGGCGGCAGUGGCGUCGUCGAGCGCCGGUACUUUGGCAAGCACGGUAUUCACCUCCACAGUCCGACGACGACAACCCAGCCGAGUCCGACGCCACCGCAGAGUCCGAUCACGUUCCUGUCGACGCCGACCCGGCUCAAGACGCUGCCGUCCAGCCGUCCGGAUCGCACGGCAACGCUGCAGGCGCUCUGCGACCUUGCGAGCACGACGCUCCAGUGCAAGUUUGCCGGCUUGUCGCUGCGGCACGGCGCCGUGCUCCAGCACUACCUCAAGGUCAACAUGAAGGGCAAGCUCCUCUCGGUGCCGAGUCAAAUGGGCAUUUGCAGCCCGGUCCUGAGCAUCGGUAGCCCGCUCAUCGUGCUCGACACCAAGACGGAAGGCGGGCCCAUCGAGUGGGCCAAGCUGCCGAUCGUGGCCGGGCCCCAGCGGGCGCGCUUCUACGCCGGCGCACCGCUCAUCGCGGGCAAUGGGGAUGUGAUCGGUGCCAUCUGCGUCUUUGACCCUGCGCCGCGGACCUCGAUUCCGCCCAACCAGCGACGCAUCAUGCAAAACCUUGCCGAGCUCACGCUCGCGUCGCUCGACCCCAAGCAGGUGCGCGUCGACGCGCGCAAUGAAGACUCGAGCGACCUCGAGGCGCAGCUGUGGCAGAUGUUGCUAAAAGCACACAACACGCAGCGCCAAGUCGUCGAACACAACCAGGCGAACGACGCCCACGCGUCACCGGCCAUCCUCGGCGUCUAAGUGUAUCACUGGUUGAAUACUACAUGGUUCAUAUUGUACUACAG